AUGACAAAACCUCUCCUUGACGUACCAUUAGCUUCCAUGGCCUUCACAAUAUGCUCUGGCUGUCACAAGCCUUUUACCCGCACUGGAUACAGUGUGCAUGUCUGGCAAAGCGAGAACCUGGCAUGCCGAAUAGCCAAUCAAGGCAUUUUGUCGGCAUCACAGCCGUUUCUUGUCAGACCCGAUGCGCCGUUCGUCAUGGAAGUUGACGACAAUGAGCCUACUCUUCCGCCACCAAGUGAUCAUGGUUCGUACUCACCGCGGCCGUUUGUUGGUGACUUCUUCGGUGACGCGGCAUCGUAUUCUAUGGAUGAUUUUCCCGGGUUAUUUGCCGAGGGCUCCGAGUCAGAAGAUGAAGACGACAGCCUACCACCAGACACAGAAGAUAAUGAGAGUGAGGAUGGUGAAGAGCUCGAUGAUCGUCUUGAGGGCGAGCAUCCAGUCUGGGAGCGUCCCCUCUCACCUACGUUACUGCAGCAGCUGGAGCCUAACUCGAGCCCGGGCCAUGGCUACUUAGAAGAGGAAGAGCAGCCUCUUUUCCACCAAUCGCCACCUUUGCAACCUGCUCCGGUGAACGACCAAGCAGCUCCUGUCAACCCAGCUGCUCAAAGUCGCAUGGAGUCUGCGCUGCGCGGCAAGAUCUACACCACCAGCUACUCUGUGAAAUCAGCUACAGCGGGUAUGCCUAUCGACAACGACAAUGCACAGCCUGCAGGAUAUGACACAUACAAAGCCUCUGUUGAUGCAACCUCUACAACAAGAAAUAUCUACGCACCUUUCGCAAAUGAAACUGAGUGGGAGUUUGUGCGCUGGGCGAAGCUGCGAGGGCCAGGCUCGACUGCAGUUUCAGAUCUGCUGGCUAUCUCUGGGGUGAGUCAUAACCAAUGCUAA